AUGGAAGAAAGAAACAACCAGGAUUUACCAAUGAGCUUACACUGGAAGGCAGUAUUGCUUACAGAAGGCUUCAAUUAUUCAGGCGGUAAAGGAGAUAUCCAAGUUUUCAACCCUUAUGUUGAGUCUGAUGAUGAGUACAGUACUUCUCAAGUUUGCCUAAAGCAUGGGCCUUAUUAUGCUUAUGAGAGUGUUGAAUCCGGAUGGGCGGUAAAUCCAAGUGUUUACGGGGACAGAAAGACUCGAUUGUUUGUGUAUUGGACUGCUGAUGCUUCAAAGACAACAGGUUGUUUCGAUCUCACCUGCCCGGGUUUUAUUCAAACCAGUAGUGAGAUUGCUCUUGGUGCAGCAAUCUAUCCAAUCUCAGUCCCCAGAGGGCUCCCUUCUCAAAUAACAAUUUAUAUCUAUAAGGAUCCAUACACAAAUAACUGGUGGGUGCAAUAUGGAGGGAAAAUCAACAUAGGGUAUUGGCCUCACAAGCUGUUCAAGAUGCUAAGUUAUGGGGCAGAAGUUGUUGAAUGGGGAGGUGAAGUGUACAGCUCAAAGAUAGGGAAUUCUCCUCCUCCCCACACUGCAACAGCCAUGGGAAGUGGAAAAUUUCCUGGCCCAAUCUUUGGCUCAGGGUGCGUAAGAAGAAUGCGGGUUCGAGAAAAUAUUGCUCCCUUGAAAAUCCCCGAGCGGGUUUUUACUUAUGCAGACGAGUAUGAGUGUUAUGAUGUUUAUUAUGUUGGAGAUUAUAUUGACGAUCCUGAAUUCUAUUAUGGAGGUCCUGGUAAGAACCCCAUGUGCCCAUGA